UGAGCAGAGGCUGCCGGGGCAGGUAAAGGGAACACCUUGUGACCCGGAGGUCGGAUGGUGACGGUUGGAGGGGCUUUAUUCGGAUAAGAGGACCCGUUAUGGAUUGCAGGUCGCUGGGCAGACUGCUGCUGUUGCCCCUGCACAUGCUGUUCUCGGUGCUGAAAGCCGUCCUGUGCACGGUGCUGCCCGCCAGGCUGCGGGACCUCCGCGGGGACACAGUGCUCAUCACCGGCGGGGGCAGGGGCAUCGGGCGCCACCUGGCCAGGGAGUUCGCCAGACAAGGGGCAAGAAAGAUUAUUUUAUGGGGCCGGACGGAAAAAUGUCUCAAGGAAACGGCAGAAGAGAUAAAGCAGAUCGGAGCGGAAUGUUACUAUUUUAUAUGCGAUGUGGGUAAUCGAGAAGAAGUCUACCAACAAGCUAAAGCAGUGAGAGAAAAGGUUGGGGAUGUUACCAUUUUGGUAAACAAUGCCGCGGUCGUACAUGGCAAAAGUCUGAUGGACAGUGACGAUGACGCUUUGUUAAAAUCGCAGCACAUAAACACUCUGGGACAGUUUUGGACUACUAAGGCUUUCUUGCCGCGCAUGUUGGAACUUCAGAACGGCCACAUUGUUUGCAUAAACUCUGUUCUAGCGUUAUCAGCGAUUCCUGGAACCAUUGAUUACUGCACUUCCAAAGCUUCAUCGUUUGCUUUUAUGGAGAGCUUGACCUUGGGGCUGUUGGAUUGCCCAGGGGUUAGCGCUACAACAGUAUUGCCCUUUCACACCAGCACGGAGAUGUUUCAAGGAAUGAGAAUCAGGUUCCCCAAUCUCUUUCCGCCUCUAAAGCCAGAAACCGUAGCAAAGAAGACGGUAGAAGCUGUCCAGAAAAAUAAAGCGCUCCUGCUCCUUCCGUGGACUAUGCAUGCACUUGUCAUCUUGAAAAGCAUUCUCCCACAAUCAGCACUUGAAGAAAUCCACAGGUUUUCAGGAUCUUACACCUGCAUGAACACAUUCAAAGGGCGGACAUAGAUCCUCCGAUCAAAAGACUUUCUGAACAGAAAAUAAAGAAAUACAGUCCUAACAAGAUUGUGGAGCAGUCCCCGUCUCCGUCGUACGCGACAAAAUCUCUUUUGUGGACAAAAGGGGUUCUUCCGGACCGUUCAUAAAGCAGUGCGGCCUUCGUUGGAGGACCCAGAUAUUGCAAAAAAAAAACAACUAAAACUAACAAAAAAUGUGGAGGAAGACAAGCGAAAGACUUUAUGCUUUGAGGGUUUUUCCCCUGUGUAUGAUUUUAUGGUUUUAUUCUUUAAAUUCGCUGGUAGCGAUCAAAAGUUUAUAGUUUUUAAUAGACUUUUAGCGAUGGUUUAAGCAACAAUUGCUUCUUUUUUGUGUAUGUUGUAGUUCUUAAAUAAUUUUCUGCCAAUCUUCGCAAGGUUUGGUGAUUUUCUUGCUCUCAGGUGCAUUAACAAUCCAAUCGACGUUGGUAUUGUCAGCAGGCGGAAGGCAUUAGCCUAAAACCAAGUCCAGAUUUAUUCCCAACGUAUUUUCGGUCCAAGCCUUUCGGAUUCAGGCUGCUUCUGAAAGCUGUUUGCAAACGGCCCGGCGGAAAGGAUUUCUACAACAGUUUGGGGUUUUAAUUAAAAAAAAUAAAUACAAUGUAUUUAAAAGCAUUGAAGAUCAGGACCUUUUGGAUCCGAAACGCUCCUUUUUAACCUUUUUUUUUUUUAAGUUGACAAUAAUUCAAAUAAUAAUCGCCGUGGAAGUGUCGGCCGGAGGUCAAAAGCAUUUUAGUAACGUUUUGAAGUGAUACAAUUAAAAUAUUUGAAAGAUAAAA